UAUCCUAUCCAGAAUUUAUAACCAAAAUCUGUUUCUGUUAUUGUUUAUGAAUUUGUUUCUACCAAUUUUCUUCGUCAUUUUUGUUUAUUAUUUCAUAUAAAACAAUAUCAACAAAAUGACUAAAAGAAAUCUCUGGAGUUUCGAAGAAACUCAAACACUUUUAGAAAUUUUAGAAGAGAAAAAAUGUUUGGAAAAAAUCGAAGACAAAAUUUUACAUCCAAAUGAAAUUUAUCAAGUUGUCGAACAAGAAAUGUUUGGUCGUGGUUAUUAUGAAAAAAAUGCUAAACAAAUGCGAUUUAGAUGGCAAAAUCUAAGAAAACAGUAUUAUAGAGACCGCAAGGCUAUAGAAAAGGGUACAACUGAGAAGGGUUUCAAAAAGUCACCGUUUUACGAGACAUUGCAUACAAUGUUGGCAGAUCGUUGGUCCAGGAGGAAGGAAAUGGAAGCACUAGAAGAAGAAAAUUUGAUAGCUGCUCCAAUCGAAGAACACGACUCGUCUUCGGAUGAUGACGGAAUUACUGUAUCCAAAUCAGAAAUGCCUGCCUUUGAGGAAUGUUUUCCUAUCCUGCCAACACCUUCAAAACCACGACUACCAUUAAAGAGACCUCGAACGCCCGACUCCACAUCCAAAGUCGACGCUUUCCAAGAUAAAAUUAAAAAAGUUACCAAAGAACUUAACGAAGAUUUGUUUAAAAAACAAAAGGAACUAAUUGAAUAUGAGUUCAGAUUGUUUGCCAAUUACACAUCAGGCAGAGAUGACAAGUUUAAAGAAAUGAUGGCAACCAAUACACAAACGUUUUUAAAUGGAAUCAGAGAUUUGUUACAAGAAAAACCCAACGACGUUAAACCUAGACCGAAAAUAGAACGAAGAGCGGCAACAGAACAAGACCAACAAGAUCGAUCUAUUACCCAAUUCUUUCAAAGUUGGGAUACCGAAACUGUGAAUAGAAAAUAAUGAAAAAAAAAAGUCUUAAAAUUGUUUUUCUUUUCUUUCUUUCUUAUUUCUCUUAAAAUAAAAACAAAAUAACUUGAUAA